GGGUUCAAUAACUCAAUGGCGGAAACGAACGCGUUCACCGAAUAAAUCAAAGUUAGUCUUAAACUGUUGGUGUAUUGACGCAAUUCAGUCCACAGCCAGUCAACAUGGGUAGCUACCUGAUGAUGCUGUAUGUUACUGUGGACCAGGAGAUGGCUCUCAAGUCUUACUUCACUGAUCAGGGCUGGCCAUUCAAGAAACCAGACUUGUCAGUGACCACAGAGGAAAUUGGGGGGAUGGUUAAAAGCAAUAUUGACACCAUUCCAUCCGUUACCCUCCUUCGUGCAGUCAGGCCUUCAGAUCGGAAACGCAAGGCUGGUGGGACAGUGACACUAUCUGCUGCUCCUGUUGUGAAGCACGCCAAACUGAUCUCGUCUCCUCUAAGUAAAACCACCUUAGUAAAGCAAGAAAUUGUAGACAAUGAUGCAGACAAUGAUGGGGAUAAUGAUGAUGAUUAUACUGGUGAAAUGGACACCGACCUAGAUGAUCAUUCAUACCUCGGCUCUGCAGUAUCAAAAUCAGCUAGUCAGACUACAGAGAGUGAAAAGGCUGAUAGCUUCAGUGCUGUAACUGUACGAGUGAACCUGGAUGGUACAGAGGCAGUGGAUGAAAUCAUUCAACCUGAGCCACCGGUAAUGAGGCCACUUAGGAAAAAGACACGAAGGGCAAGGAAAAGCACAACCAAGAAACAGGAUUCUGAUGAUGCUGAGGACACUGGUGAUGAGAAUGAUGAAGGCGACAAGGAGGGUGAUACGGAUAAGAAAACAAGGAGGUUCAAGCUGAAGAACUUCAAAGGGCCUCUCGCAUGUGACAUUUGUGGCCAGAGGUGUACGGUUCGGUCCACGUUGAACAGGCAUCGUCUGAGGCAUUUCCCUCAAGCAAGAAGAUUUUCUUGUGUUGAUUGUGACAAGAAAUUUUUUGAGAAGAAAGACCUUGUCGAUCACAUGAAGACACACAUUCUGAAGCAAGAAAAAUGCUCUUAUUGCGGAAAAAUUGUCAGAGAUAUUGAUGUUCAUGCGAAGAAUUGUACAAAGUUUUUGGCGACACAAUCUAUAUUAAAAUGUAGAGGUUGCUCUGAGCUAUUUGACAAUGAAGAAUUAUUACUUGAGCAUCAUAAAACCUGUGAAAUACCUGCUUACCAGUGUGAUUACUGCGGCGCUAAAUUCACGACUGUCCACUCCCUUACGACGCAUCUGAAGCGUCAUAAUCCAGAGGAUCUUAAAUUUGAAUGUACGGAGUGUCCGGAGGUCUUCAAACAUGAGAAAAAGUUCAAAGAACACGCUUUCACACACAAGCCAUUGGGAAAAUGCAAAUACUGUGGACAGUUUGUUCCUGGGGGUUUCCAUGCAAUACAAGAUUGCCCGAUAAAAUCUAGCAAAAAUCCUGUCUAUGUCUGUCCUCAUUGCAGUCUGAGAAUCACAGGUUCAAAGUCACAUGUUGUACGCCACAUUGCACGAAAACACGGACAGGAAGCUGCAGCCGAGUUUGAAGGUCAGCGAGAGGAAAGACGACAGAAAAAGGGCUCGUUGCAAAGUUGCACAGAGUGUGGUUACUUCUUUAAGGGAGAUGAGCUGGCUUUACAAAAGCACAUGGAAAACUACCAUGGAGAGCAAAAUUCAACGACUGUUGUCAAGUGUGACAAAUGUGGCGAAAACAUUACACUUGCAGAAUUUCCAAAACAUUUGGAAACCCAUGCAAAUCAAUCAUCGAGAGUAAUUUACGAGUGUGACAGUUGUGGGAAUCGUUUCGAGACAAAAGAAGAGGUGGAACACCAUGCGGCCACAUGUUUGCUGGAUACGCCGGAGGAUGAAAAGGAGACUGUGUGUCUGCUAGUUUCCGCGGAAGAGGAUCAGAGAGAAGAGAUGGACCCUGGAACCAUGGGGGAAAUAGCCCAGUCUGUGGGAACUUUCUUUAUAAAUUACAACACGUAAACAGCCGAGAUGUCACAAAAACGUUCAGCAAGUACUUUUCAAGAUGUGUCUCGCAAAUUAAAAAAAAUGGAUUAUCAUUCUUGUAGCCGGAUUUAUCACUAUAAAGCAUGCCUGAAAUUAACAGCUGUAAUUAGUGAACGUUUUAGGCAUUAAAUUAAUGGGAUAUUACAGAAUUUGGUUUUUGUACUAAAAUGGUAAGAAAGUUCAAUGAAGUACAAGUCUGUUUGAUAUUGAUUUUAAAAUGACAAAACUAUUGUUAGUUAUGCAUUUUUCAUUCAAGCCAGUGUUUUAUCGUGAUUGCUAUUGUUAUGCCUCACAUUUUUGAAUGUAUGUAUAUAUUAUUGCUUUUACUUGUAGAUAUUUUUUUAACUCUUCUAUUGAACUGUUGUUUUUUGCAUAUUUUUUCUGGACUCCAUUAUCUUCAUGAUUGUACAGAAUGUUUUAAAGCUGCACCCUCACAGAUUGACAGUUUUGACAUUUUUUUUUAUAAUUUUUGGCUCAUUAUUGCCAUAGCCUUUGUGAGGUUGUGGUAGGCUUUGUUGUCGUUAUGCAAGCACUAUAACCAUAACAGAAAACCUGUUCAAGAUAUUUUAAUAAACUCCAGUGAAAAUUUGCACAUUUAAAACAAGGCCCACAACAACAACUUUGACUUAGGACAAACAAACUACAGACAAGCACUUUGAUUUUGCUCUGCAGCACUCUUGAUUUUCAUUUACAAUGACGCCAUAGACAUAAUUACAUUCUCUCAUUGAAUUGUUUGAACAGUACUAGUCUGCCUUUAUAUAAAUAGUAAUUAUUGCUUUUCUAAUCCACAAAUAUGAUUAAUUGAAUAUCAAUGAUUGGAUAAAAUCAUUUACAAUUUAUUUUUAAUAUUUAUUUAAGACGUUUUUUUUAUAAUAAAACAAUAGGUAAAAACAUCAUAAAAACUGUUUCAAUUCAUUUUACUGUUUUCCCCAUUUCUAUAUAGAAUAACAUUUAUUUUAAGUAAAAGUAAUUUGAAAUUGAUUGUUAUUGUCCUUGUUUUUUGAUUAUUUAUUAUUAUCAUCAUGUUAUGUAACAUAAUAGAAUUGUAUUAUUAAGUAUAACAUACUGUAUGAUUUUACUUGUUUCGCAACAUAAAUUUAAUUAUAUGAAUUAUGUGUCUGGCAUGGUUUAAUGAAUUCUGCUGCAUUUCCACCUAUGUUAUUUUCCAGGAUAUAAGUUUUGUCAUGUUUAUGUAGUUACUCUUCUUGUAUGUAAGAAAUAAAUUAUAC